CUUAAACUCAUCCUGUCAAAACAAGGUAGUUGGAAGAGCGCCUCUGAAUAUGACACAGUUAAACUCAGGUGAACUUCCAGAUAGGAAUAUUGUUUGUGUUGCAAUUAUUGAAGAUUAUGUUAAAGACUUUUUAUGGAGCUCUUUUGAUGGAAAUGUCAAAUUCCAGUGUUGUGAGAUUAGCAAAGAAGAAACCGAGGAGUCUGCUUACAUUCAAUGUGAGCUGGAUGUUCAAGUUAGAGGUUGGUUAAAAGCUUUUAAUGGCAUCCUCAACCUUUUGACUGUGCUAAUGAUGCUUUAUUGUCCGGCGUUUCUCCUUUUUCUUCCGGAUUCCAUUUUCAAUCUUCAAGAGGAGGGUACAAAGGAAGAGCGACACGAAAACGAGCAACAAUCAGAAGGCAGCCAUCAUCAACAGAGCAAUCAACAAAUAAGCAGGUACGGAUCAACUGCUGAAGCAAAUGUCAAUGCAGAAAAUGACGAUUCAGUUUCUCUUGUAACUUUACCUCUUCUGACUCAGAGUCAGCAAGCUAAUUCCCAAAUAGGCGAGGAUACAUCAAACAAACAUGUGCAAAGUCUACUUUAUUUGGACGAACCAAAUCCAAUAACCCUCUCAUAUUUUCUCAGAAACUAUACUAAAGAACUAUUCAACCAAUACCGUUAUUGUCUCACACCGAUGUUCAUCGGUGUUCAAAUUUCUCUAGUUGGUUUUCAGCUACUCCUAAUGGCAAUAUUAACAGACGGCUGUUUGGUAGGGGGCCUUUCUUGUCGAUGUAUCACUCGCAUGUUUGGCUUAGUUACUUUAGGUCUAGUGUUAAAUGCGUCAAUCGCGGGCCCAUUCUUAGCGCUCUCUAUCGCUGCUUUAACAAACAUUUAUCUAUGCUACUAUAAUCUGCAAAUGUACUACCGAGAUGUGAAAGAAAUGAUUUCGGAGAAGUGGCAGACUCUUGACGGAAAACGCGAGCACGGUGCAAUUCCAGAAGAUCUAUUUUGGCGCAUUUGCAGUGAAGCGUCAAAUUCAAAUAAGGCAGUUCCACCAGUUAGCGGUGAAGUUAACCGCAUGCUUAGCAAUAUGGCUAUCAUAUGA